AUGACUGAUGAAGCUUUAGCAGUUGCUACAGAUCCUGAUUAUAGAUUUGAACUAGCUAUUCAACUUGGUAAACUAGAGCUUGUGAAGAAGAAAGAGGGGAUUCCAUGGCGUCAAUAUAUUUUGAUCAUUGAUGGAAAGAUCCUCGAGGAUGGUAAAACUUUGGCGGAUCAUCACGUCCAAAAUGGAUCAAGAUUGGAGCUGGUUGUGAGUUUGGGAGGAGAUACCAUGCCAAUUUUUGUUAAGACUUUGACAGGGAAGACCAUAAAGCUGGAGGUGGAGAGCUCAAAGAACAUUGAUGCUGUGAACCUGGAGGUGGAAAGCUCAAACAGUCUUCGUUAUGUGAUGGAAAUGAUUGAGGAGAAAGAGGGAAUUCCAGUUAAUCAGGUGUUCUAAACCAAGUGUGCUAAGAUAAGUGUGGGGUAUGAAUUUCUCAAUCCUUUUACCUAAUUGAUCUCCUCCCAACACGUUAAAAUUGAUGAAUUUUUUGAUUUUUUUUUGGCACUAACACUUGGAUGAUGCUUAAUUUGACUUGUUGUUGGAGAGGGUAGUGGAGUGGGUUUGCUAAGUGCCGAUUGUGAGUUUGAUGGAUGAAUUGGUCCUAAGUUGUGGCUGGAUAUUAAAGGUGAUGAAUGCCACAAAUUAUUGUCAUUACUUUUUUUUUUUUUUGUGAUGUUAGUGUUGGAAGAACAUAUGUAUUUAGCUUUCGAGCAGAUGACUGUCUCAUGUGUCUUGGGUCACGCUCCAUAUUACUGCUUGCAGCAGAAGCAGAAAGUGGUGUUGAUUUGCAUUUGCUUCCUGGAUUCACCUCUAAUAAAGGAAAUGGAAGAAGCCUCAUGAAAUAGAUUUUUUGUAUGAAACACAAUAGAUUAGAUGAAUGCAAAUUUAUAUAUUGUAAGAAAUAGAAUUAUAUG